CUUGCAGUCGCUUUCAUCUAACCUCCCCUUGUAGCCGUCGUGGCCUAUCCUCACCUCGCCGCCAUAGACCAGCCAUCACCUCCCCUGCUCCCCACCGCCUAGCUUCAGAUCGACUCCUUCCAUCACCUCUCCACAGCAGCUAUGGCCGGGGAGGCUGGAGAUGUUUUGCUCCUCUCACCCCUUUCUAUCAUCCCGUAAUGUGCAAGUGCACCCAGAUCUCUCGCCAGGUUUGGCGGCGUCGUGCAACACUCAUGGGCUACGACUCUAGUACGCUAGCGGUGGCGGCAGGCAAUGGCGAGUGUACUGAUGGUCGAGCGGCAGCGCGGGCUAAUGGGUUCGGCUCUGUUCUCGUUCGCCAUUUACUAUACUGUACUACUCAACAAGUUAAGGGUGGAUUCAGACUGAUGAGGCUGUCCAAGAUUGCUCGGAACAAGGCGAAAUUGGUGAAGCACGAAGCCCUUGUCGAUGGCUUCAGUUACUACACUGUGCUUGUCUGUUUGAGCUGUACAGAAAUGAAGUGUUCGACUCGAGCAUCAACACAUAAGCCUCGCUUCAUCCUUUAUGGGGAGUGUCAAGCAAUAUUAGAAGCGGUCCGAGCUAUUAAAAUGAUCAUGACACUGAUGAUGAGGAGGAUGACAUCUAUGGCAACGAGGGAGAUGAUAGCUGUGGCGAUAAGCAUUAUGAUAAAGUAAAGAUCUGAAGUUUGUUGAAAAUUUAGCUUAUGCAAAUUGUCUGGACCUCUCUGAUACUAUUUUUUUGAUUCGACACUUCCUAGAUGGAUUGUUAUUGUAAAUGUAAUUCAUAUGCAACUCAUUAGGUUUGUAAUACCUAGAUUAUGCUAAAUGUUCUUUUGGUCAUGUGCGGUUGUGUAAUUAUGAGAUGUAUCGGAAAUGCCAAUAUUUUGAAAUAUUGUGUAAUAUAUUGCACUUCCCUCUCAGUGAAAUUAAUCAGUGAGGGUUGACUAA